AUGUAUUUAGCUGCAGACAAACUGAAUGCCGAUGAAAGGGGCAUUAUACCAAAUUACAGUAGUGAAUGUUUGCAGAAUUUGAGUCCACCUGGAAUGCCUUUAUUCAAGCUACAACUUAAAGUUGGUUGUCCAGUUAUUCUAAUGAGAAAUCUCACCCCGUCAGAAGGUCUUUGUAAUAGCACAAGGUUGUUGGUUACUAAAUGUGGUAAACAUGUACUUCAAGCAAAAAUUCUAACAGGGGACGAGGUAUUACUGCCAAGAAUAAUGUUUCAACCAUCAGUUACAGAACUGAGUAUAAAUAUGACAAGACGCCAGUUUCCUGUCCGGCUAGCAUAUGCAAUGACAAUUGACAAAUCACAAGGUCAGUCUGUAAAGUACGUUGGGAUCGAUUUACGAACUCCUGUGUUCAGCCAUGGACAACUAUAUGUUGCUUUAUCGAGGUGCACUGCGGCAAAUAGAAUAAAGGUGCUUCUGGAAAAUGGAAUGGACAAUCUGGAGACAACUAACAUUGUGUAA